GCCCUUGGCCCGCCCCGCCCCGUCCCGCCCCGCGCCGGCCGCCGCGGCCAUGAGCCCCGGGGCGCGGGGCGGGCGCCCGGCCCAGCCCGUCUGACGAAGCAUGGAGGCGGCGCCGGGCCCGGGGCCGCCGCCGGACGGGGAGGCCGCGGGGCGCCCGCGCGACGGCCCCGAGCACAUGGCGGCGGGCGCCGAGGAGCCGGCGGGGCCGGGGCCGGGGCCGGGGCCGGGGCCGGGGCCGGGGCCGGGGGCCGGGGCGCGGCGGCAGCUCGGGGCCCUGCUGCAGCCGGCCGUCAACAAGUUCUCGCUGCGCAUGUUCGGCAGCCACAAGGCGGUGGAGAUCGAGCAGCGCCGCGUGCAGUCGGCCGGGCCCUGGAUCAUCCACCCCUACAGCGACUUCAGGUUCUACUGGGACCUCAUUAUGCUCCUGCUGAUGGUGGGGAACCUGAUCAUCCUGCCCGUAGGCAUCACCUUCUUCAAGGACGAGAACACGCCGCCCUGGAUCGUCUUCAAUGUGCUCUCCGACACCUUCUUCCUGGCCGACCUGGUACUAAACUUCCGCACAGGCAUCGUAGUGGAGGACAACACAGAGAUCAUCCUGGACCCCCACACCAUCAAAACAAAGUACCUUAAGAGCUGGUUCCUGGUUGAUUUCAUCUCCUCCAUCCCUGUUGACUACAUCUUCCUCAUCGUCGACCUGGAGACUCAGGUGGACUCAGACGUCUACAAGACAGCGCGGGCUCUGCGCAUAGUGCGCUUCACCAAGAUCCUCAGCCUGCUGCGCCUACUGCGCCUCUCUCGCCUCAUCCGCUACAUCCACCAGUGGGAGGAGAUUUUCCACAUGACCUAUGACCUGGCCAGCGCUGUGGUGCGGAUCUUCAACCUAAUUGGCAUGAUGCUACUGCUAUGCCACUGGGACGGCUGCCUCCAGUUCCUGGUGCCCAUGCUGCAGGACUUCCCUGAGGACUGCUGGGUCUCCAUCAAUCACAUGGUGAAUGACUCAUGGGGGAAACAGUACUCGCACGCCCUGUUCAAGGCCAUGAGCCACAUGCUGUGCAUUGGCUAUGGGCAGCAGGCCCCAGAGGGCAUGACCGACGUCUGGCUCACUAUGCUUAGCAUGAUCGUGGGCGCCACCUGCUACGCUAUGUUCAUUGGCCAUGCCACCGCCCUCAUCCAGUCACUGGACUCAUCCCGUCGACAGUACCAGGAGAAGUACAAGCAGGUGGAGCAGUACAUGUCGUUCCACAAGCUGCCUGGUGACAUGCGCCAACGCAUCCAUGAGUACUAUGAGCACCGCUACCAGGGCAAGAUGUUCGACGAGGAGAACAUCCUAGGGGAGCUGAGCGAGCCACUCAAGGAGGAAAUCAUCAACUUCAACUGCCGGAACCUGGUGGCCAAUAUGCCGCUGUUCGCGAACGCCGACCCCAACUUCGUGACGGCCAUGCUAACCAAGCUGCGCUUUGAGGUCUUCCAGCCUGCUGACUUCAUUGUCCGCGAGGGCACUGUGGGCAAGAAGAUGUACUUCAUCCAGCACGGUGUCGUCAGCGUCCUCACCAAGGGCAACAAGGAGACCAAACUCUCUGAUGGCUCCUACUUUGGGGAGAUCUGCCUGCUGACGCGGGGCCGUCGCACAGCCAGCAUCCGCGCUGACACCUACUGCCGCCUCUACUCGCUCUCUGUGGACAACUUCAACGAGGUGCUGGAGGAAUACCCCAUGAUGCGCAGGGCCUUCGAGACUGUUGCCAUGGACCGCCUGGACCGCAUCGGCAAGAAGAACUCCAUCUUGCUGCGAAAGCGGGCAGAGCACAGCUCGGGGCCUGUGAACAGCGAAAUGGUCCAGCAGAUCGUCAAGCAUGACUGCGACAUGGCGCGCAGCAUCCAGGGCCUGCAGCAGGUGGCCGUGGGCCGGGAGCUGAGUGGCAAGCCAGUGAUCUGGGAGCCCCUGGUGCAUGCACCACUGCAGACAGCUGCCGCCACCACCAACGUGGCCAUUGCCCUGACCCACCAGCAGAGCCUGCAGGCCCACAUCUUCCUGCCCCCCUCGUCCAUAGCCAGCCCGCUUUCACCUGACGGUGUGCUGCUCCCCAGGCAGGUGCGCCGGUCCCAGCCUAGCCUGGGGGGCUCCCGGCCCUCUUCUGUGAGCUCCCCAUCAGGGGCACCAUCCCACAUCCACACGCCGGCGGCCGGCUCGCCAUCCUCCCCAUUGGUCCAGUCCCAGUCAUCCUUGGAGAGCACAGGGCAGAGACCAGGCCCUGGGGCACAGCCCUUGCCCAGGGGGGUGCCAAAGGGGGAGCCACCUGCCAAAGCAAAGCAGCCCCUGAUGGGCUCCCAGCCCCAGCUCUCCAAGUCCCGAGGCACCUCAGCCUCCACCUCACUCCUGCAGCAGCCAGUGGGAGCCCCAUCACCCAGCUCCGAGCAGGCACUCCCAGCAGGGAGAACGCUCCACUACAGCCUCUCCCGAGCCACUGGCUCCCACAUCUCCCUGCUGAUGCAGCCACAGCAGCUGGUGAAGCACCGCAGCAUCCAAGGCCUGCCUGUCGGGCGGCUCACCCAGGAUGUCCGGCUGCUGUCAGCCUCCCAGCCCUCUCUGCCCAAUAAAAUCUCCCAGCACAUGGACGGAGGGGCCGCCCAGCCGGGCCGGAAGUCAGCAGGGAACCUGGCUCACAGGUCAUCUCCAUCGGUACCUGGACUCCUCACCAAGGCAUCCCCGGGGGCCACGGGGCAGCCAGCACUGCCGCAGCAGGCACCGCCAGGCCUGCCAGCUCAGCCCGGCCGGCCCCUGAGUGGAGCCUCCACCCCACAGUCCCCCGUCUCCAUGCCCCGGCAUGCAGCAGGCCCCUCCCGCAAGGGCUCUGUGGCCUUCAGCCCAGAGGUGGAAACAGGGAAACCGAAACUGUCGUCCAACAUGUGAGAGCUGGGGCUGCAUCCAUACAUGGGGUGGGUGGGGGGAGAACUGCCCUGAGGUUGUGUCGAGGUGGAGGAAAAUCCUCCUGGGCUGGGCUGAGCUGGGUUGGGUCUGGGGACAGGAGGCAGGAAAGAGGGAAGCAGGGCAGCAGCCUGCCUGCAAAGCCCCCCGGGCUGUCAGACGUGGAGACGAGAACGGAGGGAAGCCGGGUACUGCAGGUGCUGAAUGCGCUGCCAGGACCAGGCGGGAUGCAGGCAGCUCUAAGGAGAUGGCCUGGAGGGGAGGAGCCCUGGGAUCCUCCUGACCCCACUGGGAGCAGGAACCUGUUGAAACGCUGACUGCAAGGUGCACAGUGCCGGGCAUCGGUGAGCACCGGAACUGCCCCUGCCAUCCCAGGUGCCAGCUUUGCCAUGGGGUCGUGCAUUGUCUUGUCUUUCUUGCCUGCCAUUGCUGUGGGGCCUGGGCCCAGGCCUGGCUCUGUCCCUGGCAGCCCCAGUGACACUGGCAUUGCCUGAGUGGAGCAGGGGGAUGCCUGGGGGCUCUUUUAGUUGCAUUUCUCCUGUAGGAGAUACUCCUGCCUCACCUGGUCCCUGACACAUCCUCUGGCACUGUCCCCACAAUGAGUGAGGGGCAGGGGUCAGGCCCAGCAUCCAAGUGUGAGGCCUGCAGCCUGCAGAAGGCAGAGCAGGGGUGGGCAGUGUCAUGCUGGGAGGACAGCCCCAUGGGCAAAGGGGGCUGGGGCAGGGCUCAUAGUGGAGCUGUGUAGGCAGGGCCUUGGGGGCUGCAGGCCCCCCAGACACCGUGGCUCUGCUUGGAACCCUGCUUACGGGCUGCGGUGCCUAGAGCAGGAUACUCAGGGCCCACGGUGCUGGCUGUUGAGACUGAGCGAAAUGCAAUGCAGUGAGCUCCAGGCAACAAGCAGAGCAGGCUCCCAUGGGCCCAGGCUCUGCGAGGCCCCAGGGCUGGGCGCUGUGACAGCUGAGCUGGAGCCAGAGCAUGGGGCAUCGUCCAGGAGUGGACUGCCCACCCAGGCCCAGGGCUCAGGGAUCUUGGGGAAGAGCAGGGCUCCUGACCCUGUGUUGAGCUGCUCCUGUCCGAGCUGGGCAUCACUCGGGGCUGGGGUUGUGUGGCACAGGGAGGCCUGCUCGCUCCCCGGCCCCGCGACACCAGGCGGGACCCGGGUUCCCUUUCUCUGCCCCAACUGGCUGCAGCCUGCGGCUCAUUGCCUGGGCUUGCAUGAGUCAGAAGUGCAUCCCUAAGGCAUUUGGUGGUCUGGGAAGGCUUGACCCCGUUCCUGUCCCCAUCCCCAGCUGUACCCAGUGUCGGGCAUCUGCCCCACACUGCGGUCCAGAUGCCAUCACCAGCAUUGACACAAGGGAAGAAGAUGCCAACUUCACCCCCCAGGUCCCACUUACACCUGUUGCCACCUCGGGUGGAAGGUCCUGGGCUUCUGUCUGUGCAGGAGGGCUGGGGCGGGGGUCUCUGCUCCCCAAGCCGCUGCUUUCCGGGAACCAGUAGUUAGCAGUGUGUGUUUGAGUCGUGGCUCUGCUGAGCAGCUGAUUCUGCUUACAGUGUUGCUUUUGGGUCCAAACGUGUUGCCGGUUCUGGUUAGAGUAGUGUCGCCCCCAGCCGCUGCGCUCUACAAGCUUCUUCCUUCCAUGACUAGUGUCAGGAAACCCCUCGUAGCCCCCGCGCCAGCUGUGGUGUCGGCAGCAGUGCAAAGAUCAGCCCUGUAGGUGCGUAGAGGUGCUAGGCGCCAGCCCUGAGCCACGCAUAAGCGCAGCGGUAGGCUUGGGUUUCUUUUCAUGCCAGGCUGCUUUGAGGUGAGUUGUCGCGUCCUCUCCGUUAGUACUUUGGGAUGUUGGGACCGGAGGCAUCGCUGCAGGGCGCCAAGCCCGGCCCUUGGUGGGUCCCUCCAACAGGCAUCCCCAGAACGCGCCGCGGGAGGGGAUACCCAGCACUGCCUUCUCCUCACGAACUCGAACAUCCCACUCCCUGUCUGCCCAUCUCUGCUCCCCUCCCAACCCCUCCUUCCCCUGUCCCGACUGCCCCGCGGCUCCUCUGGAAGGGGCCUGCAGGCCGAUCACUUCGAUUUAAACAUUCCAGAUCUUCUUGUUUACACUACGUCACGUAGAGACAUUUGUAGCCGUCGUGUGGCCAUUCCAUUGUGUGGGCCCCGCUUCCGCUGCCCGGGGCUUUGGGCCUUUGAGACAGGGCAGCGUAAUCGGUGCAGCCACGUCCCCACUGGGCUCUUCCCUCGCUGCCGAGAGCCUUGGGCAGCCACCAGCAUAGUCCCACUGUGCCACCACCCUUGGGUUGGUCGGGUCUCAGCUGGCCCAUCGCGGCCUGGAUCUGGCCCAGGCAGUGCACAGGGCAGCAGGCAGCAGGCACGGCUCUGCCCAGGGGAGCAAACACUCCCAUGUUGGCAGGGGCUGGGGUCGGGGAGAGGCCGGGGCGGGCACCACCUGUGUGCGCGUGUGGGUGCGUGUCUCCGUGACAUGUGGGUGCGUGCUUGAGUCUAGUCACCAAAGACCAUGACCCCCCACUUUUGCACUCGCCGUGGUCGAUGUACAGAGCUUGUAGUUUUCAUAUUGCAGAGGAUUUAAAGCGGUUUUUUAUUUUCGUCAUUGUACAUACGGGUUUCAGUAAUAAAGAGAGACUCCAA